GAGCAGCCUCCUUUGGGACAGCUGCUCAGGGUGAAUUCAGCAAGUCAGGAGCCGGCAGUAAUUACUCUGAGCAGAGGGUGGCUCGUGGGAGGAGUUCGGCUUGCUAAGUAUUUAAGUACUGUCAUUUGCUGAGGGAAGGUGUGCACUCCAGAAGGAGUUUAACCUGGAGAAUCUUGAACUCCUUCAGUCAGCUGGCGAAGGGUGGUGGCUCGGCAAUUUCAAGUUCGUCCUGGACGCAUCUUCUGCUUGGGAAGGUCAGGGAGGAGUGGAAUUACUUUUCCAUGGGGGACCAGUUUGAGAAGGGCCAGCAAGCUUUGCUCAAUGAAGGAGAAGAGAAUGAGAUGGAGAUAUUUGGCUACCGGACUCAAAGCUGCCGGAAAACCCUCUGCCUCGCUGGCUCCAUUUUCUCCUUCGGGAUUCUCCCCUUGGUGUUUUACUGGAGACCCGCUUGGCACGUGUGGGCAAACUGCAUCCCGUGUUCCUUGCAAGAAGCAGAUGUCGUGCUGCUGAGGACAACAGAUGAAUUCCAGACUUACUCUUGGAAAAAGGUAGUGUGGAUCUGCCUGUCCACAUUAAACAGCACAUUUCCUCUCACUCCCAACCACCCCCUCAUCUCCGAUGAGGAGUAUAUCAUCAACAGAGCCAUAAGGAAGCCAGACCUAAAGGUGAGAUGUAUAAAAGUGCAGAAAAUAAGAUAUGUUUGGAACAACUUAGAAGGACAGUUCCAGAAAAUUGGCUCUUUGGAAGACUGGCUCAGUUCUGCCAAGAUACAUCUAAAAUUUGGAUCAGGUUUAACAACAGAAGAACAAGAGAUUAGGAGGUUAAUAUGUGGACCAAACACUAUCGAUGUUGAAAUCACACCAAUUUGGAAACUGCUCAUCAAAGAGGUUUUAAAUCCAUUUUACAUAUUUCAACUCUUCAGUGUCUGUUUGUGGUUUAGUGAAGACUAUAAGGAGUAUGCUUUUGCCAUCAUAAUCAUGUCCAUCAUUUCCAUAGCUUUGACAGUGUAUGAUCUCAGAGAGCAAUCCGUAAAGCUCCACCGUUUAGUUGAAUCACAUAAUAGCAUUACAGUCUCUGUAUUUGGGAGAAAAGCUGGAGUCCAGGCGCUGGAAUCACGCUUCCUGGUACCUGGAGAUCUAUUAAUUUUGACAGGGAACAAAUUACAAAUGCCAUGUGAUGCCGUUUUGAUUGAUGGCAGCUGUGUGGUAGAUGAAGGCAUGCUGACAGGAGAAAGUAUUCCGGUCACUAAAACUCCGUUACCUAAGAUGGAUGGCUCUGUGCCCUGGAAAACACAGAGUGAAGCGGAUUACAAACGGCAUGUCCUCUUCUGUGGAACAGAUGUUAUUCAGGCCAAGGCAUCUUGCUCUGGGACCGUGAAAGCAGUGGUCCUGCAGACGGGAUUCAACACUGCGAAGGGGGACCUCGUGAGAUCCAUUCUCUACCCCAAGCCGAUGAAUUUUAAGCUCUACAGGGACGCCAUCAUGUUCCUCCUGUGCCUUGUAGGGACAGCCACCAUUGGGAUGAUCUAUACUUUGUGUGUCUUUGUGCUCAGUGGGGAACCCCCUGAGGAGGUGGUGAAGAAAGCCCUGGAUGUCAUCACCAUUGCAGUUCCUCCUGCUCUACCUGCUGCUCUGACCACGGGCAUUAUCUAUGCCCAGCGGAGGCUGAAGAAGAGAGGCAUCUUUUGCAUUAGCCCCCAGAGGAUCAAUGUAUGUGGACAAUUAAACCUUGUCUGCUUUGACAAGACAGGCACCUUGACAAGGGAUGGCUUGGAUCUCUGGGGAGUCGUGCCCUGUGAUGGGAAUGGCUUCCAGGAAGUCCACAGCUUUGCCUCGGGCAGGGCUUUGCCAUGGGGCCCCCUGUGUGCGGCCAUGGCCAGCUGCCACUCCCUGAUCCUCCUGGACGGGACCAUCCAGGGAGACCCACUGGACCUCAAGAUGUUUGAAGCCACCUCCUGGGAAAUGGCGAUUUCCGGGGACAAUUUCCACAUCAAGGGAUUGCCGGCAUAUGCCAUGGUCGUUAAGCCCUGCAAGACAGUCAGCCAGGUCCCAGUGGAAGGAAUUGCAAUCCUGCAUCAGUUCCCAUUCUCAUCAGCGCUGCAGAGGAUGACAGUCAUUGUCCAAGAGAUGGGGGGUGACCGGCUGGCAUUCAUGAAAGGCGCACCAGAGAGGGUGGCCAGCUUUUGCCAACCAGAGACAAUACCAACUAGUUUUGUUAGUGAACUUCAGAUUUACACGACACAGGGCUUCCGGGUCAUAGGACUCGCCUACAAAAAGCUGGAAAUGGACCACCAUACCACUGCCUUGAUGAGGGACCAGGUAGAAUCAGAUCUGAUAUUUUUAGGACUAUUGAUCUUGGAGAAUCGAUUAAAGGAAGAAACAAAACCUGUCCUGGAAGAGCUCAUCUCUGCCCGGAUAAGGACCGUCAUGAUCACAGGUGACAAUCUUCAGACUGCAAUAACAGUGGCCAGAAAGUCUGGGAUGGUUUCUGAAAACCAGAAAGUCAUUCUCAUUGAAGCAGAUGAAACUACUGGGUCCUCAUCAGCAUCUGUAUCUUGGAAAUUAGUAGAAGAGAAGAAGCACAUGGCAUACAGGAAUCAGCAGGACAAUUACAUUAACAUCAGGGAAGACAUCUCUGAUAAUAGCAGAGGAGGAAGUUACCAUUUUGCCCUAAGUGGAAAAUCCUUUCAGGUUAUAAGUCAACAUUUCAGCAGCCUACUGCCAAAGAUACUGAUCAAUGGGACCAUCUUUGCCAGAAUGUCUCCUGGGCAGAAAUCUAGUCUGGUGGAAGAAUUUCAGAAGCUGGAUUACUUUGUAGGUAUGUGUGGUGACGGAGCCAAUGACUGUGGGGCUUUGAAAAUGGCUCAUGUGGGCAUCUCUUUAUCAGAGCAAGAGGCAUCCGUGGCCUCGCCUUUCACUUCCAAAACUCCAAACAUUGAGUGUGUACCGCACCUUAUCAAGGAAGGACGUGCAGCUCUCGUUACGUCAUUUUGCAUGUUUAAGUACAUGGCUCUGUACAGCAUGAUUCAGUAUAUCGGUGUUCUGCUGCUCUACUGGGAGACAAACAGCCUUUCAAAUUACCAGUUUCUGUUCCAGGAUCUGGCCAUUACAACUCUAAUUGGUGUAACAAUGAAUUUGAAUGGUGCCUAUCCCAAGCUGGUGCCUUUCAGACCUGCAGGACGGCUGAUCUCCCCACCUCUGCUACUCUCUGUGAUUUUCAACAUUCUUCUCAGCCUGGCCAUGCACAUUGUGGGCUUCAUUCUGGUACAGAGGCAGCCUUGGUAUUCCAUGGAGAUGCACAGUGCCUGCACGAUGCGAAAUGAAACCAUCUCAAAGUUCACCGUUUCUCCAACUGCUCCAGAAAAGAAUGGAAGUAACGGUGACUUCCCAAGUUUUGAGAAUACUACUAUAUGGUUCUUGGGAACAAUCAAUUGCAUCAUUGUGGCUCUUGUCUUCUCUAAAGGAAAACCAUUCAGGCAGCCCACCUACAGAAACUAUAUAUUUGUCCUUGUACUGGCCGUACAGCUGGGUGUGUGUCUAUUCAUUCUAUUUGCUGAUUUUCCAGACUUAUAUAGGCGUUUGGAUCUGCUCUGCACGCCUGCCCUGUGGAGGCUCUACAUCGUCGUUAUGCUCAGCUCCAAUUUCAUCGUGUCCCUUAUUGUGGAGGAGGCCAUUAUUGAAAAUAGAGCCCUGUGGAUGAUAAUCAAAAGAUGUUUUGGCUAUCAAUCAAAAAGCCAGUAUCGGAUAUGGCAGAGAGCCCUGGCAGAUGACCCCAGUUGGCCCCCGAUAAACCAGACCUCCUACUCUGACAUGCCCAGAUGUGGCAGGGGUGUGUCUUACAGCAACCCGGUGUUUGAGAGCAACGAGGAACAGCUGUGAAGGCAAUGUGAUAUCCAAGGUUAUAUAGCAUAGAAACGAUGACUAAAGGGACCAUUUUCAGUGAUUUUUUAAGCAAUGAGACUCUUAGAACAUUCAGCUGGAGUUUUGGGAAUUAAAAACUUCCCCAAUCAUGGUGACAAAUUAAAAUCUUUUUGGUAAAAUACUUUCUAUGGAGCAGAACACUGCCCUAGGAGAGUGUUUUCUCUUGGCUUCUGAAAGUACUAGAGGUGUUCUGUGAAUCGAGAAUGUCCCAGGGAUGGCAAUGAGCCAAGAGAUUGGGAGGCUGAAGGAGGAGUGUAGGUAAUCUUUCUUCUUAGAUAACGUAUUUGUUAAAUGAGUUGAGGGUAUAUAGCAUAGAAUUGUAACAUGUUAAAGAUCAUUUUUUGAAUUGUUAUUUCAUUGAUGGAAAAACAAACACACGAGAACCGUCAUACCGAUCUUCACUGCCUGGUUUCCUUCUCUUUGUGGUGCUUUUCAGAUCUGAGAUGUUUCCUUCCAUUUCUGGACUUCUGCGUAUUGGUCAGGAUAGGCUAAGUGGAUGCUGCAAUAACAGGCAACUCCAGGAUCUCAGUGCCUUAACAUUCAAGAGCUUCUUUCUUGGUCCAGGUGACUCUUUAGAGUAGCUCUCCUUGAAGUGGUGACAGCUCCAGCCUGAUGGCUCCACCAACUCAACACAAGGACUCCACAUGUGCCGUGAGAGGGGGAGGAAGAUGGGGGGUUCUUCACUGCCUCAGCCCGAAGUAGCCCGUAUCGCUUCCAUCACUCACACCCCAUUAACCAGGGAUUUGGCAAAGGAGCUGGGAAGUACUGUCUUUACUAGGGCUGGCUUCAUGGGCAUGUGAUCUGGCAGUCAUACGGGGCCUCCUGCUCAAAAGGGCCCCAUACUUGGUUUAAUACUGUGCUGUUGCCUUCUAUAAAUUCUUAAUUUUUGAGUAAGGGUCCCCACACUUUUGUUUUGCAUCAGGCCCCACCAAUUGUGUAGUUGGUCUGGUUUGUAUUCCUGGGAAAGAAAGGAAAGUAGCACAUAUCAAAGAGCACGAAUACCAUCCACUAAACUCUGUCUCCUGACCCUGUGAACGUCUGUGUUCUAGGACCCCUUGUCUCACAUGCACAACUCCCAGAAUUUUCACCCCUCUGCUCUGUUAUUUUUGAGAAAAGUUAAUCUCUUGCAUCAACAUUCUACAUUGCCAUUAACAUAUGUCCUCCUGCAAUCUACACAUUUCUUAAGUUUGAGGCUUUAGUUUUCAGAAAACAAAAAUCUCCCUUAUCUUCUCACGACUACAAUUUGGGUAUAUUGGGUUCAUUCAACAUGGACAGCACCCAGGUUUCUGGAAGCUCAGCAGGCAACACUGAAUUCUAGAAAACCAUCCACAAAUAAUAUUCGAAAGCUAAAGAAAACUUUCCAUGUUCUGGGCAGGGAGUGAGUCCCUGACUGGCUUUGCUACUUACCAAGAGCAUCUGGAAGCUUUCCCUUUCCCCGGCUGAACUCCUGAGCAUGGGUGGUCACCCUGUGACUGCAGAUAAUUCUGGGGACAUGGUGUUUCUCAGCCACAAAGUUACCUGGUUGCUUCUGGUUUUAAAAUAGGGUGUGAAGAAUCAUUAAAACAGAAUGCAGACUCUGUCUUCCUUGGUACAGAAAGAAAUGUUUCCUUCUACAAAGUCAGCCUGAGUGGUGAGAUGGCAGCUCUAUAUGUCUCUUCCUAAAACUGAUAGUUUUAUUCCUUUUUCAAAUAUUGUGGGCAGGGACAAGCUACAGUCUACUGAUGAGCAAGAGUAGGGUGCUCCGGUCAUACUUUGAGGAGCCCCUCACCUAAUGCUGUCAUCUCUAGCCAUCUGAAUUAUGAUAUUCUUCCAGGACUCAGACAAGGAAGGGCUUACCAUCCCCACCUUGCAGGUGAGAAAGCUGGGAUUCACGGAGAAGAGAGCACACCCAGAGCACAGACACAGCUCUUCUGAGUGAACCUUCUGUUACUUCCAAAUACCUCCCAAUUACUGAGCUCCAGCAGGGCAGGGUGCAUGGCGUGACGUCGCCAUCAAACAAAGAGUGAAUAUCUUAUUUGCCAGGUACAAGGAGGCGAGCCUUUGCAAAUACCAGGGCCUUCUGUUCAAAUGAAUGCCAGGAAGCCUGCCAGACUGGGGCUAGUGUGUUCAAAACAAAACAAAACCCUGAACCACAGGGCUUUGUCUGUUUGUUUUUCUGAAACUCGGAGUUGCUUUUGUCUUGACCCGAAGUGAUUCCACCCUCAGAGAGUCAGACACAGCUGGUGAGGAACAGGGAUGGAGGACUCUGGUUCCUCACUGGCCAACCAGCCCUAGAGUCUUUGCAAAAGGGACUCCUUCUAAAGAUGGUUCUUGAGACUAACUACAUCUCAGAUGCAGUAAGGGAAAGAGCAGGAAGUGUUUAGCUUGGGAAAAUGGGCGUUCACGGCACGGGAGAAUUGCAUUCAAAUACUUGAAGAGAUUACCUUGAGGACAAAAGCACUGACCUGGACUGAGUGUCACCACCUGUGGGUGAAGAGCAGGCUGGGAAGCACUUCAGGUCAGCACGGCCAGAGGAGGAAGCCGGUGACCUCACGAGGUGUGAGCUCCGUGACGUUGGUGGUUCCAGUGGAUAUUCAAAGACUAAUUAGCAAAGGAGGUCAAGUAUCGGAUGAAACUCAGUUACCUGCGGGACUCCUUUCAGGCUCGAUACGCCCAGUGUGUCAUUCUCAGGCUGCGGUGGGAACCCUUGGCUACUGCUGCCCGCACGGAACAUGAGACUGAGCCUGUGGGAAGCGGGGCUGGGGAGGUCCCAUGGUGUGACCUGACCGCUCUGUACCUUGGAGGGUGGCUUCUGAUGGGAACAGGAACCUGGAAAAGACGUGCACAGUGAGGGGUCCUGACUGCCAAAUUAACAGCAGGGAGAUACUUCUGAUAUGUGUAUUUUCUUAGGAAAUGAUGUUUGAAAUUUUUGAGGACAAGAAGCACUCUCCCAUGAGAGUGCUCCAAACCCAAAGGCUGAACUACCUGUGGCCAGUAUCUUUCCUGACCAGGACUUGGAGGAGAAAAGGACACAGCCAUCUGGUCCAAAUCAUUUGAGAGGGUCCCCUGUAUGUUCACUCCAAGGCAUGCAGCUCUUACCUGCAGAGAAGAACCGGGACUCCCGGCUCGCCUCACUAAAUAUGUAAUGAUGGAAAUAGAGACUGGAAAUACGCCUGUUCCAUCUGCGUCCUUAUGUGCUCGCAGAAGUGUGCAUUACACACACACACAGAUGUGAUGCCUGGAAAAAGUGAUUAUUUAUUCAGAGCCUUGUAUGUAGUGUACGCUAUAAUAAAUUAUUCUGUACAAAAGAGA